AUGGCCCAGAAUGCGCCUGCUCCAUCACCGAACGCCCUCAUACCGGCGCGAACGUCCAGAGACAGAGAGGAUGCGGUGAGACAGCUAGCCGACAUCGGCAGCGGCGAUGGCUCCGUCUGGUCCCAACUCCUCAACAAUCCUUUCUUCACUGCCGGCUUUGGCCUUGCUGGUCUUGGCGCUGCCGUCCGAUAUGGCUCGCAAGGCCUGCGCAGAGCCGCAGAGCUAGUGAGGCAUCGCAUGCUUGUUGAUUUGGAAAUCACACGGCACGAUGAGUCCUACAAUUGGGUCUUGAACUGGAUGACUCGCCACUAUCAAUCCCAGCUGGCCCCUCCUGGAAGUAGGAAGCACGUUGGGGUCUUGGAACACCUGAUCCAACGCUUCACGCCUGGUCUGCACCAUCUUCAGAUCAAGACUCAGGUGCAGAGGACAGCCAGUGGAUCGCAGCAGACGGCCUUUGCUCUUGUUCCUGGGCAUGGCAGGCACAUCCUGCGCUACAAGAAUGCCUUCAUCUCUGUCAGUCGCGAGCGGGAAGGGAGAAGCUUCGACGCCAACGGUCAGCCAUUCGAGACCGUGAAGCUCACUACAUUGUAUUACUACCGCAACAUCUUCGAGGAUAUCUUUCGCGAAGCUCACCAAAUGGCUUUGCAAAGCACCGAAGGUAAAACGGUGGUUUACACCAGCCGCAACGUGAGCUGGGAGCCAUCCGGCGACCCUAAACGCCGCAGACCAUUUGACUCGGUCGUGCUGGAGGAAGGUCUUGCUCAUAGAAUUCUCACCGAUGUACGCGAAUUCCUCGACGCCCGAACGUGGUAUCUCGACCGCGGCAUUCCUUAUCGGCGAGGCUAUCUCCUCUAUGGUCCUCCAGGAACAGGCAAGACGUCCUUUGUGCAAGCACUGGCUGGCGAGCUGGACUUCAACAUUGCCAUGCUAAGUCUCAGUCAGCGGGGUCUAACUGACGAUUUGUUGAACCAUCUGCUACUCAACGUCCCGGCGCGGACGCUUGUCCUGUUGGAAGACGCAGAUGCAGCGUUCAGUAACCGUAGACAGCGAGACGAAGAUGGCUACAGUGGAGCAAAUGUAACAUAUUCGGGCCUACUGAAUGCUUUAGACGGCGUUGCCAGUGCAGAAGAGCGCAUCAUUUUCAUGACCACGAACCACAUCGAUCGCCUUGAUGACGCCUUAAUCAGGCCAGGACGUGUUGAUAUGACGGCGAAUUUGGGAAAUGCGAGCGAAUGGCAGAUGGGCAAGUUGUGGGACCGGUUUUACUCCGAGCAAGAUACCACCGGAGAGGGCAAGCGGCGCUUCGUCCAGAAGGCCAGGUCCGCUGGCUUAGUAGACAACGUGAGCACAGCUGCCUUGCAAGGGCUGUUCUUGUACAAUAAAGGGGACGUGGAAGGUGCAAUAGCUACAGUGGAUCAGCUGGCGGCCAUGCGACCAGCACCGGAGGCAGCAUCGAAGUCGAAUCUGUAG